AUGAUUGAAAUUACGUGCAACGACCGUUUGGGAAAAAAGGUUCGAAUUAAGUGCAAUCCUGACGAUACCAUUGGAGAUUUGAAGAAGUUGAUUGCAGCUCAAACAGGAACAAGGCAUGACAAAAUUGUGCUCAAAAAAUGGUAUACAAUAUUCAAGGAUCAUGUGACACUUGCUGAUUAUGAGAUCCACGAUGGCAUGAAUUUGGAGUUGUAUUAUCAGUAA